AUGGCCAACCUGGAUCUCCUUCAAGAGCACGCCCAUUGGUUCAUCGCUGGAACUUUCAAAGUGGCGCCACCUCUCAUCUUCCAGGUCUUUUCCAUUCAUGUGUUGGUCGAUGGUUCUGCCUAUUCUCUGGUCUACGUCAUGAUGCCGGACAAAACAGAAGAGAGUUACAAGCAUAUUUUUCGUAAGCUGAAGGAAAUUAAGCCGGCGCUGAAUCUGUCAAGUAUAAUGUCGGACUACGAGAAAGCAAGUCAGAAUGUCUGCGCGAUUGUCUUCCCGGAUACACGUCUUUUCCGUCUCGGCCAGACUAUGUGGCGCAAGGUUCAAGACCUUAACCUUGCAGUGUCCUACUGUGAAGAUGAAAAUUUUCGCAUAUACGUGCAGCUGCGUAAACCUUAG